AUGAACCCAUUCCAGUUGGUCUAUGGGAAGGCUUGCCAUCUUCCGGUGGAGAUAGAGCAUAAGGCGUAUUGGGCCAUAAAAGAAUGUAGCACAGGAUUUGGGGUUGGAGUCGAAAGGAAGCUACAAUUGGUGGAGCUUGAGUUCCUUCGAUUGGAAGCCUGUGAGAAUUCAAGGCUUUACAAGGAGAAGAUGAAAGUGGUGUAUGAUAGAAACAUAAGAAGAAGAGAGUUUAGAGCGGGUGAGUUAGUUCUCCUCUACAACUCUAGGUUGAGUUUGAUGCCCAGGAAGUUGAGAUCAAGGUGGGGAGGUCCUUAUAGAGUGGAGAAAGCUGAGCCAUAUGGGGUCUACCACCUAAGACACCCUUUAAGCCCCAAUAUCUUCAAAGUUAAUGGCCAUCGUCUGAAGUUAUACCAUGGAGAGAAGAUGAAAAGCAACAAAGAAGUUGAGGUGUUCCUUCUCGAGGACGCACCUGAAGGCGAAGAGAAUUGA